AUUCCGCAGACUAUAACAAGCGUAAAACGAGACAUGAAGAUAAAGCUUACAAUGAACGGUAACGUUAACGGGCACGAGUUCACGAUUGAAGGAAAUGGAAAAGGAACGCCUUACGAGUAAGUAAUUUUUUUAAAAAAAUGUUAAAUCAUGGUACGCAGGCUUCUGACCUCUUUGCUUCAAACUAGUUUGUUCAGAAGAGCUUUCAGUAUACAUUUUAGGUUUUGCUUGUGUGUAAGAGAUUAACCACCGAAAAUGUGUCUGACCUGAUCCUAUGACUUUAAGACAUAGCACUGCAGAACAAAACAUGCUGUUUUUGUUUCCUAGCCUAUGAUCGUUAUGGCAAAGAACUAAAAACCUUUAAGAAAGUUUCUUCCUGACCUGGCUAAGAAAUCGAUAACUAAAAAUUACCUAUCCUUGCCAUAUUUCUUUUAAAAGAAUUUACGACUAGAAGGUUUUUUUUCUCUUCAGUUAAAAAUGCUAGAUCGCGAGCUCAGUUUUGUAUGUUUUUUUUUUUUAACACAGGGAGAAUUUACUUGAAACAGACCCUUUAUUGUCCCUCUAUGUAACGUUUUAUGAGAUUGAACGACACACCCUCUGUGGUGUGAUUAGACUAUGAACACCCCUCCCAUUUUACCUUAUCAUCUGAUUCAGCCAUGUUGCUAAAUGUGCAUUUUCCCAAGCAAGCAGUAGGACUGUCUCAAUGUAAAUAUCUGAGUUAUAAAAACAAGAAAAGUCAUUAACUCAGACUAUACGGCAAUAUUUUAGGAUAUAAAAGAAAGCUACGAUUAAAUUAACUAAGAAAACAAUUUGCCUUUAGCGGUUCUGAAACCUUGAGUUAUGGCCUUUUAAAAGCGAAAUAAGACUUUUACUUGAAAUUGAACUGUUGCCUAAUUGCGGUCGUAUAUGCGUUGCAUAUGAAUUCGUCGUUUUCUUAGCCAGCUUUGAUUUCCCGUUCAUGUUUUUUUUAGGGGAACACACACUGUAAAUCGUGCCGUCAAAGGGCGGACCUGUGUACGUUAAGUUUUCUUACUCUGCCUUGAUUUCCCGUUCAUGUCUUUUUUUUUUUAGGGAAACAUGUAUACUGUAUAAAACUUACAAUUGCCAAGGGCGGUCUUCUUUACGUUUUCUUAUACAACCUUGAUUUCCUGUUUAUGUUUUUUUAAGUGGAACACAAACUAUAAAUCUCAAAGUUACAAGUGGCGGACCUCUUCCUUUUGCUUACGAUAUUCUGACAAACGCGUUCCAGUACGGCAACAGGGCAUUUACCCAAUACCCCAAAGAGAUACCAGACUAUUUCAAGCAGACUUUUCCUGAGGGGUAUUCCUGGGAAAGAACCAUGGAAUUUGCAGACGGAGGCACAUGUGAAGUUAAAAGCGUCAUCAGGUUAGUAAAAUAUAAAACCUGCAGUGCUCAGUACUUAAGUCGAUCGUUUAAGUCGUUUUCAUCUUUGAUAUAUAAUCGCUUUCAUGCGUGCUUUCAUGCUCUGCUAUUACUGGAUAGUGUCUUUCUUUUUAAACUCUGUUUUAAACUAGAACUGCGUAGGGCUCUUUUUCAAAAUAGUUUUCAUAUAAAGAACGAAAAAGGAAAAAAAAACCGAAUUUUUUAUCUUCUAUUUAUGUAGUACAUAAGUUGCUAACUAACAAUGUUAUUAGUCGCAUUGUCGCGCACACUUAGUAAAUCUUGCCCCUCUUUCGUCAGCUUGGACAAAGAGGACAAGGGCUGUUUUGUUUAUAAGAUUCUGUUCACUGGGAAGUUUCCAGAAGAUGGUCCAGUUAUGCGCAAGAACGUUUUGAGAUGGGAGCCAUCCACUGAGACGAUGUACAUGAAUGGUGGGGAACUGAAGGGUGAUAUUAACCACGCCUUGUUGCUUGAAGAUGGUAGCGAUUACCGAUGUAACUUCAAAAGCAUUUACAAGUAA